AUUUUUGAGAGAGUCUCCUCUUUUAUCUCUCUCUCUUUUUCGCUCCUCAUGAUCCGAUUAUUUAUUUUUGUAAAAUUUAUGUGAUAGUUACAGACACACGUUAUAUGUGUGUACAUGUAAUCUAUCUAAUCUUAUAUUUGAUGGAGACAAUAACCAUUAGAAUCUGACUCAAUGGAUCUCAUUUCUUCUUAGAGAGAUAUUUUUCUGUCUCUUUUCAUUCCCCUGUCUCUCAGAUCUGUUUCUGUUCUGUUCGUCUCUCUCUGACCAUUGCCAAGCUUCAAGCUUCUUUUUUUUCUCUUACGGGAUAAAAGAGUUAUAGUUCCGAGGGAGACGCCAUGUAUUUCUUUGGUUUGUCUAAAGAAGAAGUGUUGUCACAGAAACAUGUUGUAUCAUUUAAAGAGACUUCUAAGCAGAAUCCAACCAGUACAGUCACUCUCUUUGGGAGACAGUUGUAUCCGGUGAAAAGGGAGAGCUCCAAUCUCAGCAAUGGAUGCAUGAGGAUAAAAGAUAUUGAUCUUCGGUUUCCUGCAGAUCAUUACACUUUUAAUAACUUUGAUGAGACACUUGGUUCUGGCAUUGGUGGUUCACAAAACACUGUAGAGAUGGGUUUUCAUUCAGCAUUGGAAGCUAAUAAUGAGGAGAAAGAAGCGUUAACCACAAGUUGGAGUGGCAAGAGAAACCCAAAAAUUGUUAUAGAUCUUGAAGAACUUCCCGCAGCAGAGGAUGAAGAUUCUGUUAGCUAUGUUACUGUGAGAAGUCCUGAAACAAAACCAUCCUUCUCGCCUGAUCAAUAUCUUGUAGAGGAUGGUGUGGAGUCAGGUUUACUGGACCUUAAUAGAACCCCUGCUGCUGAUGAGUUGGUUUCCGAGCCUCAUUACUGUUUCUUACAAGAUCUCAACUGUCCUUACAUUGAAGAGACAGAAACAAGCUGUGAGAAGAGUGGUGUAGAUGAUGGUACUACGCCCCUUUGCUCUCCUAAAUCCCAAAACGUCCACGAAAAGGAAGGUACUGCAUCUCCAGCUUCAGAUACUUCUUGCUGCACCACUGAAAACAACUUAAGAAGAGGUUCCUCCUCUCCUCGAGCACUUGAUCCUUCUUGUCGCACACGGCUUGAGUUCCCUGUCUUACCAGAGAACGAACGUUGUAACAACGAGGAGGAAGAGUUCUCUGAAGUGAUUCAAAUGGCAGCUGAGUCAUUAGUCCACAUAUCAACGGUUCCAUAUCAAAACCAAGACUUGGAAUCAAAGCCUGUGUCCAGAACCAACAGCUUAUCUCAAGAUCAAGACUUGGCAUGUUGGUCCUGUGAUUCAUAUGAGCUACACACGUUAGGUAUAACCGAAAACAACACAGAAGAAGACUUGUGCGUGUCAUCAAUGGCGCGUGAUGAACUUAAUAACAUCACUAGAGAUAGCAGCAACAAAGAGAUGGGACUUAAGCUGAGAAGAGGGAGGAGGAUGAAGAACUUUCUGAAGGAGAUACUCCCCAACUUAACGUCUCUCUCUAGGCACGAGAUCCGUGAAGAUGUUAAUGUAUUGGAAGCGGUUUUGAGAUCAAGAGAGUACAAGAAGAUGCAAGGGAAAGCCAAAGAUGUCAAAGUAGGUGUAAACUUGAAAAACAAACGUUCAGUUUCACAGAGGUGCGUUGGUAAAAGAAGGCGAAAACAUGAAUGAGAUCUUAUGAUGGUAUCUUCAUGGUGUUUCAGAUUGCUUCAUUGUGUAAUCUUUUAACAGUCUGUGUUGUUCAAUUCUUUUUUCUAUAUUUAACUUAUGACAUUGAUUAUUGAUAAAGAGGAGAAAGCUAGUGAGCUGAUGACUUUCUGUUUCUUAUUCUCUCUCAAAAGGUUACUUGAGUUGUUUGUUAGGUUGUGAU